AUGGGCGGCCGAGCCUUCGCGUCGCGCGACAAGCCGCUCUUCACGCCCCGCAUGCCCCCGCCCGUCUACCAGCACGUCAAGGCGCGCUGCCACGACAUCCUCCGGCAGCGCUACAUGUGCGUGGCAUCCCCGAUCGAGGCGCCCGGCAAGCAAGACCACGGCGACGUUGACAUCCUCGUCGCCUGGCCCUGGCAGCAGGGCCUCGACACGGCGCGGCAGCUAGAGCACAUUGCCGCGUCGCUCGGCGCAACCGACGUCAUCGCCGGCGGCGCAUCCACCUUUAACCUCGCCAUCCCCUGGCCGCCGGGCCUGCCGGGCGGCGGCGACGACGACGACGACGAGACAGACCCGCCGAGGCACGUCCAGAUCGACGUGCGCAUCUGCGCGACGCUGGAGGAGCUGCAGUGGAUCCUGUUCAAGCACGCCCACGGCGACCUGUGGAGCAUUGUCGGCUCGACCAUUCGGCCGUACGGGCUGACGGUCGACGACGCCGCCCUGUGGCUGCGGAUCCCCGAGGUCGAGGCCUUCGACAAGGCGCGGGCCAGCGUCUUCCUGACCUCGGAGCCGGCAGAGGUCCUGCGCUUCCUGGGCCUGCCGCUCGGCGAGCACUGGGACGGGCCGUUUGCCUCCCCGCGCGACAUGUUUGCGUACGCGGCGCGGUGCCGCGUGUUUCGCGUGCCCCCGCCGGGGCCGCCGGACCGCGACAGCCUCCAGCCCACCGACCGGAAACGCAUGAACAAGCGGCCCGCUUUCCGGGCGUGGAUCGACGACUUCAUCCCCGAGUGCCGGCGCCGGCAGCUCUUCCUGCGGGAGCCGCCGCCGCCGCCGCCGCCGUCGAGGGCGGAAAUCGCGCGCGAGGCCAUGGCCCUGUUCCGCGUCGAGGCGGAGUUUGUCGCCCGCAGGAAGGAGAUGCUCCUGCAGCGGCAGCGCCAGGUCGUCUUGAGGGACCUCGUCAAGGGGGCGAUUCCGCAGCCGGAUCACAAUAAGGACGGGGGGGGCGGGAGGGCCGCCGCCGCCGCCGCCGCCGCCGCCGCCGCCUUGUUCCGGGGGUGCCAGAUCAGGGCUCUGAACAAGAUCAUCACGCAGGGCGACACGGGGUACGGGGUAGUGCCGGACGAGGAGCUGAGGGACGCGGAAGGCUUCUUCGUCAUGGACAGGGUGCGCGGGUUUAUCGAGCGGCGCAAGGAUGAGGUGGGGAGGGCGGCGUGGGAGAAGCACCAGCAGCAGUAUGCGGAAAUGCGGGCGCGCAAGAAGGAGUGA